AUGAAGUUGGUACGCUUUUUAAUGAAACUAAACAAUGAAACCGUUCAAAUUGAAUUGAAAAAUCAAACCAUUAUUCAAGGUACUAUAAUAUCAGUAUCACCAAAUAUGAAUAUAAUUCUUAAAAAAGUUAAAAUGAAUAUUAAAAAUCGUGAUCCUCAAUUAUUAGAUUAUAUAAAUAUAAGAGGUAAUAUGAUUAGAGAUGUUAUAUUACCAGAUUCUUUAAAUUUAGAUGUUUUAUUACAAGAAUCUUCAAUUGGAUUAAAUAAUAAAAAAAGAAAACAAGAUUCAACUACAAGUGUUGGUGGUGGUAAUGUUAAAAGAGUUAAAAGAGGGUUAUAG